AUGUCGACGCCAUCAGCCCCACCUCCACAAUACACAGCACCCGGAAACGGGGCGCAAAGCUCAGAGCCGUUGCUCGUGCCGGGAGAAGCGCCACCCAGACGUCAGGAGGACGACAACAUCCCAGACGACUUUAAAUACUCGACUUCAGUGGCCGAAUGUACUCUUCCUAUCCGUCAUGCGUUCCUGAGAAAAGUUUAUACAAUUCUGUUCGGCCAACUGGUUGUAACAGCGGCAGUUGGUGCCGUCAUUUCGCAGAACUCCAGUGUAUCUCACUGGGUUCUGACCCAUAUCUGGACCUUUUACGUUGCUAUUUUCGGAGCCAUGGGUCUUAUGAUUGGAGCCUAUGUCAAACAGAGAUCAUAUCCCACGAACAUGCUCUUUUUAGGGGGAUUCACUUUGUUAGAGAGUUACUGUGUUGGCAUCAUCUCCUCUUUGUACGACACUAAGAUUGUCAUUCAAGCAGUAGUAUUGACAUUGGUCAUUUUUGGCGGGUUGUCAUUGUUUGCACUUCAAACUAAAUACGAUUUCAGCGGCUGGCAAUCGUACCUCGGAGCUGCUUUGUGGGGAUUGAUCGGGUUCGGACUCAUCUCCAUCUUUAUGCCAUACUCGAGCGGAGUCGAGCUCGCAUACAGCGUUGUCGGAGCACUGGUGUUUGCUGGAUACAUCGUUGUCGACACCCAGCUCAUCAUGCGACGCUACCAUCCCGAAGACGAGGUGGCAGCUGCCAUUGCUCUCUACCUCGACAUCAUCAACCUCUUCCUCAACAUCCUCCGAAUCCUCAACGAAAUGAACAGAGACUAG